GAGGGACAAGGAGUAGGAUAUUUCGUGUCGAAGUCCGGUGAACAAUCAGUGCGGAUUCUGGAACCCAAACUCUGUUGGUUCGUUAGAAACGUGAAAAUCCAGCAAGCUAUCGACGGCAUCACCUUUGCCUGGGAUCAUCUCUGAAAUAUUCCCGCGUGGUCCGUCCUUUGACCCACGAUAGACGCCUAAAAUGCCAUCGAGACAGUCCACUGUUCCCAAUUUAGAUCUUAGCUCUGCCACGCUCCAGACGAACGUGAAGAUCGCUUCUCCACUAACGCCCGGUGCCCAAAGCUCCGAUGGGCCGAGUCCCCUGACGCCCCGUUCCCCUAAAUCCUCCUCUAGCUCGCCAUUUUUCAAGGGGGCCACCAUCCGUCCCGUCACCCAGGACUCCAACAACAGCAAGUCCAAUAGCCCAACCUUCCCGACCUCUCCUGGCCUCGCGCCCCAGCCAUCUACCCCGGGCCUCACUGCUAUCCCCCCGUACCCUCCCUCCCCCCGAGAGACCCCCAAACAUACCCGUGACACCUCCCGCUCCUUUUUCGCCAACCUCAAGGCACCCAAGUCGUCGCACAAGUCCCAGAGAUCAGACGGGUCGGGGAACUCUGAGAAACCCAAGAGCAGUGGGGGUUCAUCAGAUCGCAAGGGCCAGAUUUCCGCCAAGUCGUACGAAUCCACGCCGGACCUCCUCGGUGCUCUGGAACGGUCCCGGAAAGAGAACCACGGCGACAGCGCGAGAGACAAGCAGCCUUACCCGUCGGAGAUUAGAAAAGUCGGCACAGAGUCCGAAGCUGGUGGCCUGUCGAAGAAGAAUAAACCCCGUUUUGCGAACCUCCUGUCCCGUUCUCGCUCCAUUCGGGUAGACGACUCCUCGUCCAACAGGAUCCCCGCACGACGUCCAUCGACCAGCCUGAUGAAGCUCGAAGAGCACUCCAAGCAGGAGGGCUCGGAGCCCCUGAGGCUCACCGCGUCCCGUGGAGAUCGCGGCACCACCCCAGUACAGGCGAGCCCUGCCGCUCGCGGUUAUCCCGUCGAUCGUCCAGUGGACCUCAAUGGCAAUGCACGGAGGGAAAAGCCACCAGGAGGCUCGAUGGCCCCCUCCGGGUCGCUCAGUCAGGUUUCAGGGGCUUCGGCGGCAUUGUUCAACAAUCUCAAGCAGUCGUCCAACGGCGCUGCCAACAAGCUUGGCAAGGCCAGCAAAGGGUUUUUGGGCAAGAUUACCCGGAGUGGAAGCACGAAUGAGCGGGACCUCAUCAACGACGACGCCUAUACCUGCACCGUGAUCAACCUGCCGCUCAUCGAACAAGCGCGGAAAACGCGGAUCGCCAAACGACUGGAAGAUUGUCGUGAUAAGACGGAGUUUUGGAUGCCGGCGUUGCCGUAUCGCUGCGUAGAUUAUCUCAAUUUCAAGGGUUGUGAAGAAGAAGGCCUCUACCGUGUUCCGGGCAGCGGGAAGGAGGUCAAACACUGGCAACGGCGUUUCGAUACAGAGCUUGAUAUCAGCCUCUUUGACGUGCCCGAUCUCUAUGACAUCAACACCAUUGGCUCGAUGUUCAAGGCAUGGCUCCGUGAGUUGCCUGACGAACUGUUUCCGAAAGACACACAAGCCAUGAUCGCGGAGAAGUGCGAGGGCGCCACCACUGCCCCGCAGCUGUUGAAAGACGAGCUCUCCAGAUUACCCCCCUAUAACUACUACCUCCUCUUCGCCAUUACCUGCCAUCUCAACCUCCUCCACUCGUACGUCGACCAGAACAAGAUGGACUACCGCAAUCUGUGCAUCUGUUUCCAGCCUUGCAUGAAGAUCGACGCCUUUUGCUUCUACUUCCUUGUCUGUGACUGGAAGAAUUGCUGGCAGGGGUGUUGGACCGAAAAGGAGUUCCUGGAAGUCGAGAACAUGAUGGACGAGAGAGAAAGAGCCGCCAGGGAGGACGCCCAAUUCGACUACUCGCACGCGGACGACAGAGCUAUCUCGUCCGGCAGUAGUCAGAACGCUACCGAAGAGGAGGAGCCGAUCCGCCCUGUCACUGCUCGGCCAGCAACCGCUCGUCCCGCAACAGCGAAGACCCGCAGACCGAAACCGGAAAAAAUCGAGACGUCGCAUUCCCGGAGUGUAUCCCAGCUCCCUGAACUGGGGCCUCCACUGUCACCUAUCAGGAUGUGAAACCUCCACGACAGCGGUGUCCAUAUUUCUGCCGCGCAACACCCAGUUUGUCUCAACCGCCCCGAAACCAAGGUACCUCUCAGGGGUCUUUUUCGGUUAGGC